GAUGACCAGAGACUGCGGACACAGUACAGGAGAUGACCAGAGACUGCGGAUACAGUACAGGAGAUGACCAGAGACUGCGGAUAGUACAGGAGAUGACCAGAGACUGCGGACACAGUAAAGGAGAUGACCAGAGACUCGGACACAGUACAGGAGAUGACCAGAGACUGCGGACACAGUACAGGAGAUGACCAGUGAGACGGGACACAGUGGAGAUGACCAGAGACUGCGAACAGUACAGGAGAUGACCAGAGACUGCGAACAUAGUACAGGAGAUGACCAUAGACUGCGGACACAGUACAGGAGAUGACCAGAGACUAAUAGACA